AUGGAAAAUGACAUAGUAGCACCAGACAAAGACACUGAAUUAAUUCCAGCUAUAAAUUAUGUCAUAUGUGAUCGGAAUCUGUGUUUUGAUUUGAUUGAGAAAUGGGUAUCGGAGAAUUGGACGGAUUCGAUAUUGGGAACGGACGGUGGCGAUAUGAGCAUUGCCCGCAUUGCGGCUUACCAGCCGGCUCAUGGGUUUACUGAGCUGAAAGUGGCUAUGGCGAAUUUUAUGUCUCAGGUGAUGCGAAGAUCAGUGCCAUUUGAUCCGUCGCAAAUAGUGUUAACGGCUGGUGCAACCCCAGCGGUUGAGAUAUUGAGUUUCUGCUUAGCCGACCAUGGAAAUGCAUUUCUUGUUCCUACGCCGUAUUAUCCGGGUUUUGACAGGGAUGUGAAAUGGCGAACAGGGGUGGAGCUUAUUCCCGUUCACUGUCGCAGCACUGACAACUUCACUCUAAAUAUAACCGUUCUUGAACAAGCAUACAGUCAGGCUAGAAAACGAGGGGUGAAAGUACAGGGAAUUCUUAUUUCUAACCCAUCAAAUCCUGUUGGCAAUUUAAUUUCAAGGCAAACGCUGUGCAGUCUCUUAGACUUUGCCCAAGAGAAGAACAUCCAUAUUAUAUCUGAUGAGAUAUUUGCUGGGUCUAUGCAUGGAAGUGAGGAGUUUGUGAGCAUGGCAGAAAUUGUUGAGACAGAAGAUUUUGAGAAGAAUAGAGUUCACAUAAUAUAUGGGUUAUCAAAAGACCUGUCUAUUCCGGGCUUUAGGAUUGGGGUUAUAUAUUCUUAUAAUGAGAGUGUUUUGGCUGCUGCUAAAAAAUUAACAAGAUUUUCUCCCAUUUCUGCUCCGACGCAGCACCUUGUUAUUUCGAUGCUUUUGGAUACUGGAUUCAUUCAGGAAUACCUAGACAUCAACAAAAAGAGGAUACAACAUAUGUACGAUUUAUUUGUGGAUGGUUUGCAACGACUAGGAAUCAAGUGUGCAAAGAGCAGUGCUGGUCUAUACUGUUGGGCCGAUAUGAGUGGGUUAAUUCCUUCCUAUGGUGAGAAAGGGGAGCUUGAAUUAUGGGAUAACCUGCUGGACAUUGCAAAGAUUAACGUGACUCCUGGGUCAGCCUGCCACUGCAUAGAACCAGGAUGGUUCAGAUGUUGUUUUACCAGCUUGAUGCCUGAGGACGUUCCAGUAGUUAUAGACCGAAUCCGGAAAGUUACUGAAACAAUUAAAUUUUCCAGUUGAAAUUUUUUGGGUCUGUUCCUCGAUUGUUUAUGGUGUUGCUUAGUUGAUAUAGUCUCAAGAGGUGGAUGCUGUGGAUGGAUACAUAGAGAUUUGAUGUUGAAGUUAAAUAGACAUUCGAGCAUAGCUCUGUUUAUGUAUUCACAUAACUGAAAUUUAGUACAUAGUGGGCUUAGUUCUUGAAUGAGUUGAAUCCAUCUUUUUCCUCAAGCCAAAAGUGAAAAUUGCAAACAUACGGACUGAAUACAGGGUGACUGUGAAUGCAAGUUUGGUUAAUCUUUAAGCAGCAAUAUUUCUUCACAUCAGAAGUCUAAGUAAGUUCUUCCUCUUGCUAUGCAAUCCUUCUAUCAUCUUGCUGCCAGUUCCGAAGAUGCAGCAUCCGAAAGCAUUCUUCAUCAUGAGUUCCUGCAUUGGUUCAUUUAGGCAAAUAUACUGGUGUUUAUGAAAUCCUAUCUGCAAUUCAUAUAAUACUGUAGUAGCUUGGCAACUCAUAUAUGUUGAGGAAACAAAGAAGGUGAAAGUAGAUGCAAGGAUGGACUUUACCUUUGAUAGAUUCUGUUUCCCCAUUUGAACAGCUUUCCUCCUGUAACUACACUUUCGGCUCAUCAGUAUCAGCUCUCCCAGUGUUCUUGGCCUCAGAAUGACACUACCAUUAGUUUCACGAUCGAAGUAUUUAGUCUUAGAUGCUUGUGGAGUAAGAGUGCGGUUGUCUGAAUGGCCAACCUUUUCAAGAAAUCCAGCUUUGGCAGGAAGCAGUGGAAAAAGGCAUUCCAAAAAAGCACCACCGACUAGGCUCGAAGUUCCAGUUGCAUAACUGCUUGUACUGCUGCCUGCUUCUGACAAUGGUGAAGAAGGUGUGUCUGUCUCUGUCUGAUCACUCUCAUCUUCUGGCGCCGGAACAGCAGUGGAAAUCGCCAAUGAUGAAACAAGGCAGUUUGCUAGCAGAGAAGGAGCCGAGCUAAAUGAAUCAUCUGUUUCAAAAUCGAAUGCUUGCAUGU